AUGCUCUCUGCUCAACUCGCCCAGAGCGUGUCGCUCAACGCGAGAUCACUCAAGGAUCACAAGAGUAUAGAAUCAUAUCUGUUUUCAUCUCAACAAGCACGCCAGCAUGACCUCGACACCGUCUUCCAGCUCGCACAAAAUGGACUCCAACUACUGGCGACAUCCUCAUCUUCACUCAAAACUCUCAAAAGUCCCCUCUUAUCAUCCCCUGCAAAAUUUUCUGACCGAACGCGUCUUUCCCCAGAGGAAAAUCAUAUCCUCGAUGACCAAAUCAAAGACUUGCUCUUUGCAAUCUCGCCAUUCUUGACAGAACAAGGCGCUUCCACCAUUAUAGAAUGGCUUGUGAGGCGUUAUCGGGCCAACGAGUUUAAUGUCGAUACGCUCUUGACCGUCUUCUUGCCCUAUCAUAAUACUCCUCACUUUGUCAAGCUCGUUUCCAUCCUGCACAUCAAACCAUCCUCGCCCUGGGCAUUCCUCAACGCGCACAAAAAGGCUAUCAAGCCUUUGCAUCGUGACACACUUGUCAGCGAAAUGCUCAAGAAUCAAUUUCUUGCUGCAAGCGUCGUCGAUAUACUGUCCAUUCACGUCUCCCUGCGAUGUGUGCACCGCGCUGUCGUCACUUUCGUCGUUGCGGUCACCAUGGAGUACCUGUCAAAUUUGUCGAUAGAGGGGGUCCAUCUCUCGUUUCUGAUCCCUUCGCUAUUGACGGCUUUGGAAAAUGCAGAGUCGGCAGAAGUUUCGGAGAGCUGCCUCCUUCUCGUGGGCUACUUAGCGUCUAGAGUGAGACUCGACUCUGAGCUAAUGGAAGCCAUCAUGGCCUCUUUAUCAUGUAUCAAAGCCCAACCAGACCCCCGACGAUUUAUUAAAGGGAUCACAUUAAUACUCCAAAGCCAAAAUGAUUCAAUGGCUCUACCAGAGCCUCUUUUGCGGGCCAUAUUGAUCCUACCAAAUGUCCAGCAAGUAAUUCAAGAUUGCUGGGAGACGAUAUCCAACCCAAGCUUCCUUCAGCCAUUUUCCCAUUCUUUGGCUUUACAGAUCACAAUGCCCCUAGCAUAUGACAUGCUGUCCCGCCUCUCUAUGGCUACGAAUCUAAACCGAGACGGAGUAGUUGCCAUUACUUCUGCGAUUUUGCGCGUUCUCGCCGAUUGUAGCGAGGAUGCACGGAAACAAAAACUAUCAAUCGUUCUCUCCAAGCUUUAUCAGCGUUAUCCAGAUCAAGUGGAUCUCGUAUCUCAGUCACUUGCGGACCAGGAUUCAGCUCAUGCGAGCUGGCUUACAGGCAUCGAUUCUAGUCGCUUGGAGUCGCCGCCGGUCAAUGACUCAGUUGACGACGACGCGGUCGUUCUUUUGACCAAUGGAGACAGAAAUCAACGAAUUCGAGGCUUGCAGUCGAUUCUGAAGGCUGUCCCCAGCAUGACGGAUGCCAACGACCUUAUCAGCGAAGCAUUAGUACAGAUGGUCCAGGGGUAUGACCACGGCAUUCUCCAAAUCCUUUAUGCGGAUCCACAGGCACUUUCGCAUUUGAUCGCUAGCGAUUUGAUCACAGAAACGCUCGUCCGAGUCAUCAAGGGCGCCUCCGAGGACAGAGCUGUCGAUACUCUAUCAAUUCACACCGACUUCAUCGGUCGCUGGAUGCCUGACAAUCCGGAGCAUUCCCUCAAGCUUGGGCUAGCCAUCUCGGUUCACCUAUUAUUAACGAAAAGCAAAUUCAGGCACUCAGUCUCUCUCUGGAGAUCAAUUAGCAAUUCGAUAUCACCCAUCUGGCGCGAAGGUCUCUUCUCUGGAGUAGAAGCGCUGUACAUUAGUGGGCUGGAAGGGCUCAAGGGUGAAGCCGCCGAAAUGGCAGCAUUCAACGAACAGCUUAUUUCACUUCUCGCAGGAAACAUUUUACGUUCUACGCACUGUGGCUUGGCACUCAGCGUGCUAACCAAAGAACUUGGCGCGCCCACGUCUGGGAUGUCAGAAGUUCACGCCGUACUCAUUAUACACCAGAUUAUCCGCCAAGGCAGUGAUGACAGGGGGUGGGAGCUGGGUGUGCAAAUCCUAGAUGCGCUUGACUAUAAGGACAUGAGCUUCUUCAGAAGCUCUGGGUUUAAAAUGACAACAACGGAGAGUUCGAAGAAACCUGAUUCACUUCGGGUUGUGUCAAAGACGGAUCACGAAUCGACAAGGGCACGCAUAUACGCCGCGCUCUUGUUACUAUUACCGUCAAUUCCAAACCCUCCAAUCGGCCAGACGAAUUGGAUGGCAGAGUUGGGAACCACUCCAGAGUCUCAGUUUUCCGAUUUUCGCCGGCGGUUAUACAUAUUCCUCAACAUCAAUCAAGACCUCGACACCUUCGCACCGCUCGUCCUCCGGGAGAUUUUCACUACCUCCCAAAAAGAGACCUUCUUCUUUUUGGCAUCCAUUUGGUCGUCUUCCAAAGCGAAUCAUGAUGCAAGGUUAUCUUCACUGAAACAUGGACGGGCGAUGCUUCGGGCCUUAGUGGACCAAAGGUCUGGAUCGACGUGGAUUGACCUGCAGGUCCUUCUCCCACUUCUAUUCCCUGCACUAUUAGAUCCGUCACGCUCGAUACGCAAUGGGGCAAUUGACUGUAUCAAAUGUCUCGCUGUCGCAAGUUUGCCGGGCAAUACUGAGGUUGCGGAGAUAUACGGGCUAGAAUGUUUGCCUACCACAAUAUCCGCGAGCCUCAAAAUUUUGACGGCUCAAGACUUUGCCACCUAUACAAAGGAUUUGAUGGAUCGUUUGGGUUCCAUAGAUUUGGACCCAGAAUCAUUCACAAAGAUGCACGUCGAGCUUCUCACACCAAGCUCGGAAGACAGUAGCCGGGAACUGAGUGGUGUCCAAGAUCCUUCUAAGCUGACCUUGCUGGACUCGCUGCUGAAAGAACUUGCCACUCCCCAAGGAUUAGAUGGAUUAAAUUCGCGCGAAGGUGGCCACAUAUAUGUCAAACAGCUGGUGGAAAUAUUUGGCGUCGCCGACUCAGCCCAUAUUGAGCAAGAUUCGCUGCUUUCGGCCUUUAUUAACCUCCUUAACUACUACUUUUCGAAUCCGCAGCAACACUCGAUCGCCCUUCCUGUUUUAUCCGCCGUCAACGCUCUCACCAGCUCUCUGAACCCUACUCAGAGACUAAAUUUGGCUCGAGAACUGUUAUCGACGCCGAACCCUACCCCUCCGGUCGAGCUGAUUCAAGUCCUGUCAACGACCAUGGAUCUCGAGUCUGUUGCAAAUGCUUUAAUUCAGGAAAUCUGUAUGGACAUGCCCAGUCAUCACUCGCCUAAACGACAAAGAACAGAAUCGGACGGGCCUGUGCCGAAAAUAAGCAAAUUAUGCCAAGCUUUGAUGUCAAGCUCGGUUGUGCGAAGCCCACUCCUCCUCAAGCAUCUCCUGCAAUGCCUCGAACAAACCACCAGCGCCAGAGGUUUGACACGAACGGAAUCUAUACACCUACAAGGAGUUCUGGUAACAGCUUUGAUACAUGUUUCGCAGUUUGUUCCUCCAACGGCCGUUAUCACGCCGCAGUUGAGAAUAGACGUACUGGUUAACCUCAUCAAAGACUCGGCUCAACCACAUCUCGUUCAUCAAGCAUUACUUCUGAUUGCAGCACUUGUCCCCUGGUCCUCUGACUCUCUGCUUCACCACAUAUUACCCAUUCUUGUAUCAACUGGGAGCUACAUCUCGCCACGGGAUGAUGUGUAUAGUGCACGGGUUGCCGAAAAGACCAUCGACAGCGUUAUUCCGGUCAUGACGACGUAUCUGCGAAAUCAGCAUCCGAAGCGCAGUGCGCUACAAGUCGACAUAUUCAUCGAUGCAGUUGAUGGAAUCCCUUCCCAUCGACGAACAAGCUUCUUCGUACAUUUGCUUUCUGUGCUGGGCACGGUCGAUUUCACUGUUCCCAUCUGCCUUCUCCUGAUGGAGCGAGUCGAGUCCUGGGAUAGCAAGAAUCAAUCCGAAAAAUUCGAUUUGGCCGUUUCCCUGAUCCAUUCUCUAGAACUCAACAAUCGUAUUGCGAUUUUGUCGGAUAUGAUAGAAGAUAUACUUGCAGACAUCAAUAGCAGUCGGGGAGAAAUGGGUUCCUUUAUAUCUUCCUUAAGAAAGGAGGCGAUCUCCUCACCCCUCCACGCCUUACGCCUAAUCAAGAUCCUUGACUUUACCAGGAACUGCUUAGAAAGCUGCAAAAUAUCGAACGUCUCACUGAAUGAAGAACAAUCCCAACGUCUUCUUUCGGCACUUGUGCGCCUGCAAUCUGUGGUAGAUGGGACGACCCUCGCUCGAGGUGACUUGAACCUACCCCGUCAUGUUCAAGGGGCUGUCUUUACCAUGUUGAAACUCGUGCCAUCGUCUACGAUGAUGUUCACAUGCGUACAGCUCCUGCGAACCAACGACGAGAUGUUACAGGUCGAAUUGUUUGCCCUGCUAGCGAAACACUUACCAUCAGUCUCGAAGGAGGCCAGAGAGCUGAUAAGCGAUAGUAUCAAACUGCUUCUCAGCUCUAUCAAAGAUAUCGUGGCGAACUCAUCGGAUGCUCAGCUAGUCUCCGCAGCAUACCGAGCACUGAAAUCUGUCGCAAUUACUAGCCGUCCACAAGAAUUUUCUGGACUGACAGAGCUUGUUCCUCUAGUCGUGAGCGGGGCCACAAAUCUCGAACUCGGCUCUACAGCUAUUGAUGCCCUCUCUUCAUUGUGCACUUGUCUCGGACCCCGAUUGCUCACGCAUAUCACAAUGAUAGUCGAGGCAUGCUGCAUGCUUAUCGUCGUGGAUAGACCACCCAGAAUAUCUAUUACCAGUAUAUCCACAUUGCGCCAACUGCUGGAAACAUCGUCCGCAUUUUGGACACGAGCAGAUUUGGAAUCCUUCAUAUCGUCGUAUAUGGAAUCAAUAAAAAUACUAAACGGAGAAUCCAAGGAUGCUCUAGCAUCUUUGGCUCGACAAAUGGCUCGCCGAAUCUCGAGACAGGAAUUUAUUGGGGCAUUGGCUAGCUCUCGAGGCCGUCUCAAAGCGCAAACCGGAACGAUUUCGGCCGAGAAAGACGCCUUGAUCUUUUCCCUUCUGGUUCAGUGCUUGAGGGGCUCGGGCAAAUCACGAAUUGAUUUGGAAUCCAGGGCCGUGCUUGGAUUAUUGAUGGACAGUUGGGAUGAACAUGAAACCCUGCCGGACAACGCAGCCUCCUUUAAAGCCUUUACGCAGCUCACAACCAAGCUCAACGAGAACUCAUUCAAACCUUUGCACCGGAUUCUGUUCGACUGGGCUUGGACUGCUGGUGAAGAAGCGACAUUAUAUUCUCGGGAGUGUCGAGCAAUUCACUAUUGCCAAGCAAUGUCCGGUGUGAUCGUGAUUCUAAAGGGACUCAUGACACCCUACCUUUCCCCCUUCUUGGCACGGUCGACUGAUCUCCUUAAUCUCUGGUCCCAGAAAACCGAGUUCGCGUUGAAUCCAGAGCUAUGGAAGCGAAUAAUCGGCUUGAUAGAGCAAGCUGCUCAUGUGGAUGACGGAACACUCUGGCGAGACGAUGUCACUGGAGCCAUCGCUUCAGCACUUGUCAGGCAGCUUGGCUAUUCCACAGGCUCGCGGAGAAAGUGGAUGAUUGUCAACCUCGGUGACUGCAUUAGUGCUGUGGGAUCCGUAAUGGUCGAUGCAGCGCAUCUGAAGGCAUUCAACAUCGAGCUGCUCAUGCAUACACGAUCAGAAGAGACUGCUAUUCGCCUAGGUGCUCUAGAAUGCGCUCACAAGCUCUGGGUCGUCAAUGGGCCUCGUCUGAUAGGCUGGAAGCACGAGACGAUACCGUUUCUUCACGAAUGUGCCGACGACGAGAACGACGAGGUGAUGGCCAAAGCCAGGGAUUUCAAUGCGUUUCUAGACAGUAUCUAG